AUGGCCACUCCAUCCUCCAAGCCCAACCCUGGGGCGACUCCCACGCACCUGACUUCGUCACCUCGCCCUUCUGCAGUGCCGAUGGGCCGGCCUCUGUCACAUAAGUCGCCAUCAAUCAGGACCCCAUCUGCUUCUGGGCAUGCGCACGGUCAGCAGCAAAGCACCUCUUCCCAUCAAUAUGCUACUCCGCUCGCUGCAAACACCUCUCUAGACGACCCAGUCACGUUUAGUUCACCUUCAGCGCUUCUAGCUCUCGGUAGUUUUGCAGGAAUCAGCCCGUCUCCUGCCAACCAGGAUGGUAUUGUGGGCCCUGGGAUGAAUGAAGGUGACAUCCACGCUUUAGGGAUGCAGGCUCUUGGGCUGGGAGGUCCACGCGACCACAACGAAGAGAGGAGGAAGAACAUCGAGGAAGUGGUUCAGCUUCUUCGUACGCGAGUUGCAGGCAGAGGCGUGAGCAGGGAAGCCGUCGAGCGGCUGGGUCAAUUAGAAGGCUUCGAAUCGAUAUGGCAAGAGGACAGUCUCAGCAUCGCCGGCAAUUCUGUCGACCUCGAAAUAGAAUUCUACCCAGGUGAAGACAAUGUGAAGGACGUGAGCCUCAAAUACGCCACACCGGAGGCGCAGGAGGGUGAACGACGGGAAGAGGCUACCGCUGUCUUAAAACAAGACUUAAUUCUAUCGCCGGAGGAACGGGAACGUGGAGUCUGGAAAUCGUUAAGCGGCUUCCAUGCAAACCUUGAAAGGCUGGCGAGGCUUGAUAAACUCAGUCAAGAAGUCAACUGCUUUGAAGCCGUGGAGGGUCUCUAUGAAAGCCUUCGAAGGAUAUGGGAAGAAGAAAGCAGGCGUGGGAUAUAUCGAGGAACUUAUGAGCAUCUGUGCAGGGGAUGGACUGGGCGGCCUACUAUGCACAAAGACGGACGGGUUGGCAUGGGUUUAGAAUACUGGGUGGAGCAACAUCGGCUCCUGGAUGCGAAGCAACAGAAGAAGCCCUCAGAUGCUGGCCACCAAGACCGUCAAGAUGUCUUAGAAGACAACCAAGAAGAUCAACUAAAGGUGCGAAGCGUUACAAUUGAGUGCGAAACAGGGUUUCCGUCCCUUCGCGUGUCAAAGGAUUGGGUUGGAGCCGAAGUAUUGACAGAGUCCACUGAGUCGGACAUUGCGCUUGUUAACUGGGCCGAUCCCCCGCCGACCUUGGUUUCAUCUGUCAAUGGUAACCAGGCCGACCCUAUGGCAGUGGAUUCUGGUAUGGUAGGAUCCGGGACACCUAACCGUCGUUUCGUUGCCAAGUUGGAGCCGCCUGUCGAUGUUCCGAUCUUAGCAGCAUCGGAUAUCUAUCGACAUUUGGGACUGCAGUUGCCUCAGGAAUUCAAGACGGUGACUUACGAUGGGUUGCUGGUGCCUAAUGCCGCAGAAGAGGGCUCUGCCGAGUCUGCAGGUUCUCCGCAAGUUGGUGGGAGAAGACGCAGGAAAUCGGUCUUAGUCUUCGAUUCGGAAGGGCGACCGGUUCGUAAACAUCAUAGCUAUACGUUUCAGGCGUUUGAGGCGGUGGCUGGCCGCACGCUGCGCGAUCUCCCAUUCUCACACCCACGGCAACUCGCCGACAUUUUCCCGAUUCUUCGUCAAUAUGGACUGCUCGCAACCCUCAUCCAAAAGAUCUUCCCUCCUCCCAGCAGUCACAGUGAUGAUGCUGCUAAGCAGACGUCAAAACACAGGUCGAGAACGCCCAAGGAAGUGAACUCGUCCGCUUCUGGGUCCUCACGUUCCAAGGAUGAUCAUAUCACUGUGCUCAGCAACGACGAUCCCAAUGAAGAUCUUCUCAACUUUCUACUUAAUGCACCUGCCGACCGCGAUGCGUCGGAGAUUUUUUCGGACGAGACACUACGAAGUGCAGGCACACUUGGCAGAAGCUCACGCUUCGGAUCUCCACUCAGUAACGAUGUUAGGGUGGAUAUUACUCUACGAACGCAGAUCGGACAAGCACCACUCAUAAUGCUGCUGUUCACGGCCAUUGAUGACACCGAGGCUCGUCCCUCGGAAGCAUCGUCGAGUGGCUUGAAUGUCAAGAAAAUCGCGAUCAACUUGGAGAUCGGGCUGAAUGGCCGUGUCACCGUCGCCCAGCUUACCGGGCUGGAUGGAGAGUCUGCGGGCAGUGAAGAUAGUCAAGAUGACAGAACUGAGGCGCGAGAAAUGCAAAACAAGCUGAGUCGAGUUCUUGAGACGUCUGAAGAUCUUGGAGUGCUCGUGGAAUGGGUGCUGGGGCAGUUACAAAAGAAGCAUCGCACGUGA